AUGCUCGGAUCCAACAUUGGUAACAACUUUUUCCAAAGCUACUACUGACUGACCAAAGACAUUUAUUUAUUUUUUUCAGGAAAGAAAGUGACGGCGGUGGUGGUUCAGGACGAAUACAAGCAGUUUCUGAAGAACAAGCCGGACGAGAAGAAGCAAAAACAGACGGCCGAGGAGAAGAAGGAGGCGAAGAGGGCCGAGAUGCGUAGGCGGGGAAUCUUUGUGAAGGCGGACGACGCGGACGAGUCGCCGACAGUUAUGGAGAAGGCGGACGGUCCCGCCGGACAGACAGUCCCGUUCGUGUUGCCAGAGAAGAAGUUGAAGUGGAAGACGUCGAAACGGACGGCGAAACGGCGGCAGAAGGACUUGAAGAAGUCGACGAAGCGGGCGGAUAAGGUGGGAUUGUGUGGAGGAUCCUUCUAGAAUCUGCUUUCAGAAGUCCGAAUCGGAUGCGAGCGGUGCGCAGAAGAAGAAGCAAAAGAUACCGAAGAAAGACUCCUUCACGUCAGUCACCCCAACGGCUUCCACUCCGACUAAAAGAUUCUCGGCCGAAAAACCGGAGAAGCCGGUGGACUCGUCGGAAGAAAAACCGUCGGAAUCUGUGAAAACGGUGGAGCAGCCGGAGAAUAAGAAGGAGCCUUUGAAACCUCUGGAGCCACAGCCCCAGCAGCCGGAGCCCCUGCUCGAUUUGGACAAGACACAGCCGCCGGGAGAGCCGCCGAAGGAGCCAACGGAAGAGAAUAAGAAAGAGUACACGAUUCUGUCGGCGGUCAGUUCGAAUCCCUCGAUCACCGAGAUGAAAAAGGACGUUCCGAUGGCCGAGAAGCAGCCGGACGCGUUCGACAAACUCGACGACGACGAGUUCGAGAAGAUGACGUCGGACGUCGACGAGAAGGAGAUUCUGAAGUUGGCGCCGAAGCUGCUGAAGGUGGCGAAGAAGCACGCGGCGAUGGAAAAGUGUCUGACGGCCGAGGAGAACGACGUGCUCGCAAAGUUCUUCUCGGGCAAACAGAAGUUGGACGCGAACGUGUUGGCGGUGCUGGAUCGGGCGCUCGACAAGAUCAUCGACUAUCUGCAGAAGAACAAUUGCGCCGUCGACGAGGAGACGAAGGCGGUGAUGAAGAAGAGGGACAAGGUAGGGAGGGGGAGAAAGAGUACGAGGAGAGGAGGCUCUGAAAGUUUCAGCUGAAAGCGGCGAUGAUGAAGGAGUUCCUGGUGUCGCCGCAGUACCUCCCGAAGACCUGGACGGCCAAGUUCAAUGGUAUAGUGACCCGUCUUUUCCUUUUUCCUCGACCAUCUCCUUUUCAGCCUGGAAAUCGGAGGCGGAGAAGCAGAAGAACGGGAUCAACUGGUUCCGCGUGCUCUUCUCCUACCCCAAACACAAAUCGUUCGACGACGGACCCGAAGACACGUUCGGCAACUUCAACCGUCGUGCGCGUGGCCUUCUGAUGGGCAUCCUGCUGGGACCGUCCGACGUGAAAUCGUUCGAAGAGACGAAACGAGAGGAGGACUGUCAGGGAAUGUUCCUCGACACGAGAAUUAUGGAGAAGGCGCAGGACGAGAAGGACAAUAGCACGACGGACAGACGGAGUGUUCUGACGGCCAAGAAGUGA